AUGGAUAAAGAGAUGGUGAGUGUUACAGGACUGGGAUUCAUGGCAGCUUUUGCAGUUUCAGGAAGUGUAGUUCUCAUUGUUUUCCAAUUGCAUAAGCGUCUUCUUUCAGAAUUUAUGAAAAAGGCUGAACUAGAAUUACGUGCCAAGAAGAGAGUUCGAUUUGCAGAGGAUGUGGUGGAGCCAUCAUCCAACAACAAAGAAUACCGACGACAACAUUCGAGAAAUCCAGCGAAAACCAACCAUUUUCCAGCAAGGCAUGGCAUCCUAAAGUGGAAUCCUGUUGGAGAAUUAGAGAACAUGCCACUUAACAGGCUGGCUCUCUAUAGAGGGAUUUUAGAAUAUAGAAUGCUCAAAGGAUACUCUCUACCAUACUUUUGA